UCCGCGGGGCAGCGACGACGGCGGCGGCGACUGGAGGGUGGGAGGGGACACACCGGCUGGCGGGCGGGGGCGCUGGGACGCGGCAGGGGCUCCCGCCCGAGGUUCCUUUGGACGUUUCGGACCGCGAAGCCCGGCGCGAGGAGCCGAGCGAGAUCGGAGCCAACAACGAGCGCGGGGCGGGCAGCUGGCGGAGCGGAGCCGCCAGGCACAGCGGGCUCGGAGCCCGGGUCUCCGCGGCUCGGGACCCGGCUCCGGCGGCGGCGAUGUUCCACUGCAUCCCCCUGUGGCGGUGCAACCGUCAUGUGGAGAUCAUCGAUAAGCGCCACUGCUCGCUGGUCUACGUUCCCGAGGAGAUCUACCGCUAUGCCCGUAGCCUGGAGGAGCUUCUGCUGGACGCCAACCAGCUCCGCGAGCUGCCUGAGCAAUUUUUCCAGCUAGUCAAAUUACGAAAGCUUGGACUUAGUGAUAAUGAAAUUCAGCGACUCCCUCCAGAAAUAGCAAACUUCAUGCAGCUGGUGGAACUUGAUGUGUCUCGAAAUGAUAUUCCUGAAAUUCCAGAAAGCAUCUCAUUCUGUAAAGCACUACAGAUAGCUGACUUCAGCGGAAACCCACUGACUAGGUUGCCAGAAAGCUUUCCUGAAUUACAGAAUUUAACAUGUCUUUCUGUAAAUGACAUCUCACUGCAGUCUCUGCCUGAAAAUAUUGGCAAUCUUUAUAACCUGGCUUCACUGGAGCUGAGAGAGAAUCUUCUCACGUAUCUUCCUGACUCUCUUACCCAGCUACGGAGACUAGAAGAACUUGAUUUAGGAAACAAUGAAAUAUACAAUUUGCCAGAAUCAAUUGGAGCUCUCUUACAUCUAAAGGAUCUCUGGUUGGAUGGAAAUCAACUGUCAGAAUUACCUCAGGAAAUAGGAAAUCUGAAGAACCUGCUGUGCUUAGAUGUCUCUGAAAACAGGUUGGAAAGACUUCCUGAAGAAAUCAGCGGCCUGACUUCAUUAACGGAUUUAGUCAUUUCCCAGAACUUAUUAGAAAUGAUUCCAGAUGGCAUUGGAAAACUAAAGAAACUGUCAAUCUUGAAGGUGGAUCAGAACAGACUCACACAGUUGCCUGAAGCAGUUGGGGACUGUGAAAAUCUCACCGAGUUAGUUCUUACAGAAAAUCGGCUCCUGACUUUACCUAAGAGCAUUGGAAAACUUAAGAAGUUGAGCAACUUGAAUGCAGACAGAAAUAAAUUAGUGUCUUUACCAAAAGAGAUUGGUGGUUGCUGCAGCCUCACUGUGUUCUGCGUGCGUGACAAUAGACUUACUCGGAUACCUGCAGAGGUGUCGCAGGCAACAGAACUUCACGUCCUGGAUGUGGCAGGGAACAGGUUGUUGCAUCUGCCUUUAUCCCUGACCACUUUGAAGUUGAAGGCUUUGUGGUUAUCUGACAACCAGUCCCAGCCUCUGCUCACGUUCCAAACAGACACAGACCACACCACAGGAGAGAAGAUUUUAACCUGUGUUUUACUUCCUCAGCUGCCUUCUGAACCUACUUGCCAAGAGAAUCUGCCUCGCUGUGGUGCGCUGGAGAGCUUGGUAAAUGACGUCUCUGAUGAAGCCUGGAACGAGCGUGCGGUGAACAGAGUCAGUGCAAUCCGAUUUUUGGAAGAUGAAAAAGAAGAAGAAGACAAUGAAACGAGAACACUUCUAAGGCGAGCCACUCCACACCCAGGGGAAUUAAAGAACAUGAAAAAGACAGUAGAGAAUUUACGGAAUGAUAUGAAUGCUGCUAAAGGACUGGAUUCAAACAAAAACGAAGUCAAUCAUGCCAUUGACCGAGUGACCACGUCUGUGUAGAGAAUCACCUCCGAGUUUUACCUCCCGUGUCUUCCCCUGCUGGCUAGACGACCCCGUCUGCUUCUGAGGAGUCUCACGCAGUCCCCUGUCUUAGCAGCACCCGCGCAGGCGCAGCGUCGUCUCCCGUGGAGCCGGCAUGCCGCUCCCGCCCAGGAAGUGCCUUACUCUCAUCCCUCAACUAAUCACUGCACUAGUGGGCUCCCGGCGUGAUUUUUAAAAUUUCAGUCGUUUGUACUUAGAAUACACUACUGUAAACAUGUGACCUUUGUUUUUGUCUUAUGUUGGGGUAAGGAAGAGCAGGAAGGGGAAUUUUUAUCCUUCUCCCUUGAAGUGCUGGGACAUUUCGAACCCAAGUUCUCUUGGACCUAUUGAUGAGAAAUAGUUUUAUGUAUGAGGAAAAAUUGAUACUUUUUAAACCUUUUCUGGCAGCUCAGAUGGUGUAAAUUUUAAGAUUUUGUAUAGGUAUUUCGUAACAAAAGAUAUGUAUUUCUUUUUUGUUAUCUUGAAAAUGGUACAUAUUUUAGUAUUUGUGCAGAAAAACAAACCAGUCCUAAAGUAUUUGUUUUUAUUUGUACCAUCCACUUGUGCCUUACUGUAUCCUGUGUCCUGUCUAGCCAGUUGUGAGCAGUGGCAUCCUUGAGCAGUGAAAAGAGAACGGAAUGUGGUACUUAGCAGUGUUGGAUUUUAAUCAGUAAUCUACCUGGUGGAUUUGUUUUUAACCAAAAGGAUGAAUUACCAACAAUUUGUAAAUUAUGUACGUUGAUUUUUUAAAAAAGAUGAACCAAAGGAUUAGACUGCUAUUUCAUUUCUUACACUUUAACUUUUUAUGAGUCUCUUCUUAUGAGUGCAGUGUCAGACUGCACCUACUCUGAAGGUGUGUGCCAUUUGUAAAAUAAAAUAGAGCAGGAAAGCACAAAAAGAGAGAACUGGUUCAGAAAUUCAGUGGGUAAAUAAAUUAUGUACUGCAAAAGUAUGAUUUCUAUUAAAGGAAGCUUUAAAAGUUUUAUAUCGAGAUAUAAAACCACAAUAAAGGAAAAUAACCUACUAUGCUAAUAGGAAUGUUGCUAUCUUUAUAAGUGCAAUUUAAUUUGUAAAUAGAAUUUGAAUCAAAGUAUAACAGAAUACUGCAAGAUUUAAUUUUAAGUCUGCUAAUUUAAGGGGUAUGGGGUUGUGUUUUGGUGUGUUUCUGUUUCCUUUUUGUAUGCUGUGAUAAAAAGAGAGAAGAAAAGUACCAGUCACUGUGUGGUACCUAGGAAAAUCAUGUUGGUUUUUUUGCUUUUGUUUUUGUUUUCCCCUCCAUGAAAUAAACUCACCCUGGAUAUUGGCCAUACACCAUUUUAAAAUUAAUUAUUACUUUGCAUGUUCAAAUGAUAGCAGGUAGCCAAACUUUGACAAGGCACUCCCUCCAUUAACUAUCAAAAUUACUGGUCAGUUUUGAGUAACUUCCUGUGGGACUUGCAUCCACAUGUCAUUUUUCCACACAGGACAGAAUGCAGAAUUCCUUCACCUCUGGCUCAUAAUUUUGGGUUGUGGCUAUCUGACUAAUUGGGCUCAUUAGAAACCUGUUUUCAACCAACCAAAAGUGAUACCUUCUUUUACUUCUACAUGUUUACUUAUUGGGUUCACUUAUCUGUUUAGGUUAUGUGUAUGUACAAUGUAUAAGUAUGUAUUUUUAAAACUAUUGAGCUGAAAGUACAUGGUUUUUGACUAGCCAGUUUCAUACCUUGCUCCCUAAUCUGGAGGUACCCAUUUUCUUUUCUCCAUUUUGAGAUUUUGGCAUACAGUGUUUUGUUUUAAGCCUAUAAAGAUGAUGCCACUAACUCAUGGGCUGAAUAAAGAUAAACAAAUUGGUUUUA